GCCAGAAUGAUCACAACCUGGAUAAAGCUUAUAUCAGGAGAUACCACGUGGGCCAAGAUAAAAAGGUCAAGGAUCACACAAUCUUUACAGAACAAGAGAGAUAUUACAAGUUUGCAAGCCUUUACAGAAAAUCCUGUAAGAACUAAAAACUGGCCCUCGGAAUGGAAACCCUUCAUACUUGCAUGGAACAAAGUGGAGGGUGCAGUCUCCUCCCUUACACC